AUGCCGACGACUUCUGAGACUGCGAGCUUCCGCUUUAACCACACGAUGCUCCGUGUGAAGGACCCCAAAAAGUCGCUCGACUUUUACCAGGACGUGCUGGGCAUGACGCUCAUUGACACGCACGAGGCCUCCGACUUUACGCUGUACUUUUUGGGCUACGAGCACCAGAAGGGUGUGCCCCGUGGCGAGCGUGAGGCGCUCCUCGAGCUCACGUACAACCACGGCACGGAGAAGGACCCCGACUUCCACUACCACAACGGCAACACGGAACCCCAAGGCUUUGGCCACAUUGCCAUCUCGGUGGACAACAUCCAGGAGGCGUGCGAGCGCUUUGAGCGUCUCGGCGUGCGCUUCCAGAAGCGCCUGACAGACGGCAAAAUGAAGACGAUCGCCUUUAUCCUCGACCCCGACAACUACUGGAUCGAGGUGGUUCCCUCGCAGGGCGGACAGUAA